AUGACUUCUACGAGCGAGGACCCUAUCAGCAUCAUAGCCAAGCUGCACUCUCUUGCUGCAAGUCUCAAUGAUGGGAACAAUCAUGAGGCUAGAAAAAAAUGUCUGCAGCUGAGUAAAAAUCUUACAAGCCAGCUGGAACAGCCAGAAAAUGUGGCUGUUGAUAUGGCGUUUUCGCCUAUGAUCGCAGUUACUGCACGGAUUGCUGUUGAUUUAAAUUUAUUCCAGCACGUUGUGAACGAAGGGCCGGUGGCAUCAGCGAGAUUAGCAGAGCUGUGUGGCGCUGAGGAGAUUUUGAUCAUACGUCUCAUGCGGCCAUUAUCGGCUAUCCGAUUUGUCGAAGAAACCGGACCACGAACAUGGAAGGCGACCCCUAUCACAGCAGCGAUGGCCACAGAAGAAAUUGCGGCUGGUCAUAGAAUGAUAUCUCAGUUGAUUGUGCCCGCAGUGCAGAAGGCGCCAGAAUUUCUCCUCCGUCAUGGAUAUUCCUGUCCCAUCGAUCCCAGAGAAGGACUCGUCCAGCACGCAUUCCAGACCAAUGACACCACCUUCGAGCGAAUCACUUCUUCGCCUUCGUUGCUCAAGGACUUCAACACAUUCAUGGGUAAUACUAUGGGAGCGCGCAACUACUGGGUAGAUUGGUAUCCGGUACAAGCCCGGAUUCUGGGUGGUGCAGACCCAGAAAAGCCGCUUAUUGUCGAUGUUGGAGCUGGAAAGGGCCAUGAUUUGUUAGCAUUUCACAGCAAAUUUCCAGGUGCCGGUAAGCUCGUGCUGCAGGAUUUGCAGCCGGUUAUAGAGACCCUUGAUAAUUUGGAUCCAGUCAUUGAGAAGGUUGCGUAUGACUUUUUUACGCAGCAACCGGUUCAAGACAAUUACUGUCGCGAAAUACUUCAGAGAGUAGUAUCUGCAAUGAUGCCGGGAUACUCGAAGCUUCUGCUGCAUGAGAUCAUUGUUCUUGAGGAAGGGGCGCCCCAAUUCCAGGCACAGUUGGAUAUGACAAUGAUGGCUUUCAAUAGUGGUAUGGAGCGCACGGCGAAACAGUGGCGCGAGUUGCUAGAGAGUGUCGGGCUUCGAGUUGUGAAAAUCUGGGAGUCAGUCGAAGAAGGGGCUGAUGGUAUUGUUGAAGCGAUGAAGGACUAG